CGAGGUGCUUCAACGUCGAGAGCAGCUGCAACUCACCUGCGCCGACUACUCGGCUACCCUGCGCAGCGGCAAGUCGGCCCGGGAGCGAGCUGCCGAAGAACUGGCUCGUGUUAAUUCACAGAUUGAGCUGGUAGAGCAGCGUCUCACGGAACUAAAACCGGAGUACAAGGCGUCGCGUCAAAAGGAAGAUGAUAUCGCCAAUGCGCUGAGAAGGAGUUGUUUGCCAAACAAGGUCAUUUCAAAGGAUGAUGACAGGAAGACAAAACUCCAAGAGGACCUGACCGUGGCCGAGGAGAAUAUAAACUGCGUUAGAACGGAACUGGAAACGGUCUCCGAGGACUCACGCCGCCUGCGCCGUGAAAAGGACGAAAUUCAGACGGACCGCCAGACCGUCUAUCGUGAGGAGACUAAGAUCGCCCAGGAGCUGAACAACUGGCGCGACGAGCUGGCACGCACUGAGCACAGCCUACGCUCCAUCACCGGCAAGGUCAUCCUCAAUGGGCUGGACUCGUGCCCCGAGGACUUCUACACCAGCGUGGAGGUGACCGCGGGUUCUCGCCUCUUCUACCACGUGGUGCAGAAUGACAAGUAUGUGAUCCGAAUCAUUGCAGAGAUCAACAAGCACAAUCUGCCGGGUGAGGUGCACUUUCUGCCCAUAAACCGGCUCUCAGUGAAGGAGUUCCGCUAUCCCGAGACUGAGGGUGCUAUCCCAAUGAUAUCGCGACUGAAGUUUGAUGAGAAGUUUCGCCCAGUGAUGCUACACAUCUUCGGGAAGACCCUAAUCUGCAGCAGCAUUGACGUGGCUGCCCAGUUGGCUCGAAGGCAGAAUUUUGACUGCAUCACUCUUGAUGGUGACCAGGUGUCUCGCAAAGGAACUCUGACAGGUGGUUACUACGACAACCGUCUCUCGCGGCUGGAACUCCAGCGGAGAAAGCAGAAAACUGAAAUGGAAAUCCAGGAAACCGAGAAUGUGCGUGAAAACAAUGCCAAACGGAAGGAGCAGGUGGAUGCCCAGAUCAACAGGAUAAUCGAUGAACUUCAGCGCAAGGAGACUGUUCGGUCUAAACUGGAGUCCGACAAGAGCACUGUGACCGAAGAGCUACGAACCAAGACGGAGGGUCGCCCGCAAAAGGAACGCAAGUUGGCCUCUUUGCGACACGAUCUAGACCACAUGAAGUACACAAUGGAGUCCUACAAGGUUGAGCUGGGCACGGAUCUGCUGAGCCAGUUGUCUGUGCAGGAGCAGCGAGAGGUGGACCGCCUGAACGACAAGAUUCAAGAACUCACACGCGAUGCCAAGGAGUCCUACAAGUAG